ACCACUACCCACCCCGCGCGCCUGCUGCCAGUCGGACCGCGUCGGGCUCAGCAGCAGCCGGAGCUCUGUCUCGGCUGUUGGAACAUGGAUGAUCUCGAUGCCUUGUUGGCCGACCUAGAGUCAACAACUUCGCAUAUUUCAAAAAGGCCCAUUUUCCUCCCAGAGGAGACUCCAUAUUCCUACCCAACAGGAAGCCAUAUUUGCCAGGACGUAUGUGUGGCCCCACCUGUGCCACCACCGCCCUCUGCUGAUGCUCUGAAUGGAGUAAUCAUUGAUGCAGUUGAACAGUGGCAGUCUCCUGUUUCACGAUAUCCGCAGCAACAGGGUUACCAAGAAGAGGGCUCCCCUUCCACUGGAGUGGCCAACUCUCCCAAGCCACAACAGCAGACCUACCCACCAAAUGUGAAAGGCAACUCUUCUCUCCCACGAGACUCUGUUAGUCCUCCUGCUCCACGUUCCUCUGAGGAAGACCACGUUUACAGUUUCCCCAAUAAGACAAAGUCCUCAGAAUCUUCACCAGUUGUCAUGACCUCUUCACUGGGCAGCAAUCUUUCAGAACUGGAUCGUCUUCUACUGGAACUGAAUGUGGUGCAAAGCAACUCACCCAGCAACUUUGGAACUGAGGAAUCCAGCCACAAUUCCCAUCAUGCUCCAGUGACUGGCUCCCAAUAUACUGGCCAGGAAAAUGGAUCUCAAGUGGGGAAGAAGGUGCCUCCUCCAACAAAAGAAAAACCCAGGAGAAAUGGCAAUCGAGGAAUUGAGGAUGUGCGACCUAGUGUAGAAAGCUUAUUGGAUGAGCUGGAGAGCUCAGUUCCUAGUCCAAGUCCUGCAACAGCUGUCUCCCCUAUGGAAGGACUACCCUCUCAGCGUGACAAUCCUAGUCAACAGCAGGCCCGCAUUUCUGCAUCCUCAGCAACACGUGAGCUUGAUGAGUUGAUGGAAUCCCUCUCUGUUUUCAAUGCUGGUACUGUAAGUCCUGUAAGUUUUGAACCAGAGGAGAAACGAGAAACCUCAGAUCCAGAUGCCCUGCUAGUGUCUGCUGCUGCCCAGCUUAUCAUUAAGCCAUCAACAACUAGGGUGUUGUUGCCCAUAUCUUGCAGUUCUCAAUUUAUGCUCAAAGAUACAGCUUUGUCCUCACCACUUGCACGAACACCUAGCCCGCUAGAGUUGCUGCACAUUGAGGAGCUAAAUGUUUCGCACCUAUCUGCUUCUACACUGCCCCAUCCUACCAAUUCAUUGCUGAACCGUCUAGAGCUUCAAUCGUCUGACUUUCGUGCAGUGAGUUCACCAAAUGCAGAUGCAGUUUCAGAACCAGGCAUUGAUGUUUCUGCCUCAGUGAUGCAACCCAUUUCAGAGUCUCUCAGGACCACCCUCAGGAAUACGAGGAUAGUGGAAACAGAGAAGAAGCAUGGCAGCCAGUUCAAUGCCCCAGAAGUGAAAGAACAAGUUAGAUCAAGUCCUUCAAACGCUGCUGAAAUUGAGAGGCCUGUGUCCAAACCACUGACCUCAGGCAGUGGACAAGAGGAGGUUGCUACAUCCUUGUUUGGUGACUUUGCUGAGAUGAAUGAAGCUAUAGAUAAACUGUUGGCCUUGUAUCCAGAGGCUGUGCAAGCACAGCAUGUGGAGACUAAACAAGAGGUCCUUGAAGCUAAGGUGGUGUUAGUGGACAGAGCAUCAAUAUGUUCGGAUACUAAGGAACUUUCCACCUUGAACACGGAGCCGAUUGGUAAACCACUGUAUCAACAGGGUAUUGCAGAUCGGCCCAAACUUGGAGGAAAAGACUCAACAAAGUUACUCAGCAUAAACAAGCCAUGUGAAAAGGCUGUACAGCAGGCAGUGCAGCAGCAGCCAAAACAAAGGGAGAUGGAACUAGAACAAAGUGGCAUGAAUCAUUGCUCAUCACAUCUUCGAUCCAACGAGAGUGCGCAAAAAAAGCAAUUUGAUUUACCUCCAGUUCAAAUGUUAACAGUGGAACGGAUUUCUACUUCUAGUCAGAUGAAAUCUCUUAUUGAGAGGACAAAGCAUUCUUCAAAUGUACACCCAAUGAAUCGUGAGGAGUUACCACGUCGCAAAUUUGGGCCUGUUAUAUUUAAUAAGAAUCUGUCCCAGGAUAGGCUUAUCGAGGAACUGCAUGGCAGACUGGGAAUCGAAAAGAAGGAGCCCAAGAAUAGAAAAGUGGAUGACUGGCUCACUGAGGGGUUGGUCAUCACUUCAAAACCUGUAAGAAAACAUGAGGAGGGAACUCAUGUGGUUGAAAAGAUAAUAAUCACUCCAGAACCCCCUCCUUCUUCGAAAGGUUCUACUCCAUCACCCCACUCCAUUUCACCUUCUCCCCCAGUCAAACAAGAUAAAAGAAAAAGCGAACUUCUGAAAAUUUCUCCACUGCCUCCUCCCUUUGUACCUUCUGCACUCCUCCUUCCUGUGCCUUCCCCAUCCCCUCCCCCUACGUCCUCCUCACUUCCUCCCUCUGUGCCUUCUCCACCUCCUCUCCCUUUGCCUUCCCAACCUUCUGCUCCUUAUUCAUUGACCUCCAAUCACCCAGGAUCUCAGCCUGCACCUCAGCGGAAUAGUUCAUUUGAUGAAUAUCAGAAGCCAGCUGUCCUUCCAUCACCACCACCUGCUCAGUUAAGCCCGUUACAGUCCACCUCACCAACAGAAAAGAUUUCACGUUCAUACUGUCUACCUGUAGUACAGACCACUGCUGUCCAAGUUGAGCCGCAAUCAUCUCCUACGUCCACUAGAGCCACUGUGUCAAUAGCAUGUCAGACCGAUGGCAGUAGCCGUGAUGGAGACAGUCUGAAGUGUCAAUCACAGGUGAAUGCAAACUUUGAGUCUUUGCCACUUACUUCACCUCCAUCCUUUGAGAAGCCAGUCAACUCAGACCGUGCUUCCAACAAGCUAUAUCCUCCAUCCCAUAAAGGAGAUCCUGUCGUACGGGCAGAUCCAUAUGCCCUUCCCCCCCGCCCAGCCCCUCCCUCAUUGAAUGGACGACAACAAAAACCAAAUGUAAAUAUGAUGACACAGUCAGGAUCUAAAGGAAAGCAGGGUGGUUCUUCCACAGUAGCCGGGCCUCAAAAAGCUGGAAGCCAGCUCGAUAACAUGCUGGAUGAAUUGCACGUUGGACUGAAUAAGUUGGGGGUUGCAACUGUCGCAAAAGGAGUGUGUGCUGCAUGUAAGAAGCCUAUUGCUGGGCAGGUUGUCACUGCAAUGGGUCGUACCUGGCAUCCAGAGCACUUUGUCUGUACCCAUUGCCAAGAAGAGAUUGGUUCUCGAAAUUUCUUUGAGCGAGAUGGGCAGCCAUACUGUGAGAAAGACUACCACAAUCUAUUCUCCCCCCGUUGUUAUUACUGCAAUGGACCCAUUCUGGAUAAAGUGGUGACAGCACUGGAUAAAACUUGGCAUCCUGAACAUUUCUUCUGUGCCCAGUGUGGAGCCUUCUUUGGACCUGAUGGAUUCCAUGAAAAAGAUGGGAAGGCCUAUUGUCGCAAAGAUUACUUUGAUAUGUUUGCUCCAAAGUGUGGCGGUUGUGCACGCGCUAUUUUGGAAAACUACAUCUCAGCCCUCAAUUCACUAUGGCACCCAGAGUGCUUUGUCUGUCGGGAAUGUUUCACCCCAUUCAUAAAUGGCAGCUUUUUUGAACAUGAAGGGCAGCCAUACUGUGAGAUGCAUUACCAUGAACGUCGCAACUCGCUUUGCUCGGGAUGCCAGAAGCCUAUCACAGGACGCUGUAUCACUGCCAUGGGGAAGAAGUUUCACCCAGAGCAUUUUGUCUGUGCUUUCUGCCUGAAACAGCUCAACAAGGGCACCUUCAAGGAACAAAAUGACAAACCCUACUGUCACAACUGCUUUGUCAAGCUCUUCUGUUAGAUCCAUCCCAACAGCUACUUGUUCAGUUCAAUCAUUCCUGCAGUUCCAGAAAUUCUCACCCACGUACAUGCCAAUGGAAGAGUCAACUCCAACUUAGGGUUUUACAGAUCUUGGACUGAACUAAACACUUAUCUUCUGGAUAAAUCACCUUUCCUUUAGAGAUUAAGAAAAGUACGUUCUCUGGAUGUGGUGGUAAGAGUGCCAUAAUGCCCCCUCCCCCCAACUCCAAGACAGUAGCCUUCUGUAGUAGGUUUGUAUGAAGAAUCUAAUCAAUGGAGUCCAUAAUCGGCAAUAGAAAAUAAAUUGCGAUGAAGAUUGAUCCAGCUCAGCUCUUAUUAGAUUGUUUGUCUGUUUUUUAAGAACUGCACAGACCUAUCUAACCUCACAACGUCACUGACAGCAAUGCAGAGUAAAUGUAAUGCAGGUGGUUUUGUGUAGUAAAGAUAAACUAAACACAGUGCUAUAACUAUAACUGAACCAACCCUGAAGUAGUAUACGGUAACACGCCAGAGCAAUCCUAAAAUGAUCCCAGUUAAACUGGAAGCAAAGCCUUCGAGAAGCUUUGUGAAAUUUGGGUGAUGGUACUGGAAAACAGGAGGUAUCUUUUGAGAAAGUUCUCUUUGUCGUACACCAGUGUCUCCAUGAUGUCAGCAAUGCCUUUGACUAUAACAGAAGCAAUAAUUUUUCUCAGCAAUGGCUACAAUCUCACUGUCCUAUGUAGGGGGCACAGAAGAGUCAUCUUCUGUAUUUGAUAGAAACUUUACAGUACUGUAUCUUUUUAUCUUCUGGGUUCAGUUAUCAAAAAUAUCUCAGAAUUCUGAACUUUCAUGUUAGAGCUUUGUGAUUUUUAAAACCAUGGCAACCACUUUUGUAAGCUGCGCAUCUGAUGUGUAGGAGAUGCUAGCACAUUGUAGAGUUGGUAUUUUUUGUGCUUUCUUACAAUAUUAAUGACUGAUUCUUAAUUGGAAAACCCAGAGGACUGUUAGACAGGACAUUGCCUAUUCACUUUUAUAGCACAAAACUCAUUUUAGUCUUUGAGGUAUGUCCUAAGCUAAUGUCCAUGAACAGAACAUGUCACACUUGUGAACCUGCUGUAUUUUUAUCAUGUUCCUCCAUUGCCUAAUUUGCCAAUAAUUUAUCUUUUUAUGAAAAGUCUUAAUUCCUGCUGUGGAGCUUUUGGGUCUUCCUUGAAAAUGUGUUGUAAUAUUUUAUCUUUCAUCUUAUGGAUAAUUCACUUUUUAAAACAAUGGUAACAGCAGAGGUUAUAAUCAUUGUAGUGCCACUUUGAUCAGGUUCAAUCAAUCCAACUGAAGCCUAAUUAAACCAGUGUUUACAUUGCAUUGAAUUCAACCUGCCAUUAAACCAAAGGGAAUCAUGUAAGAAUGAAAGAAACUAAUGUGAUGAAAUAGUCCUGAUUCCUGCCCUCUGAUCAAUGAUAAUUAAUCACCUGUGCUUAACUACAUCUUUGUACAACCUUUAAUCAUGGCUUGCACAUAUAAUCUCAUGAUUUUCUUUGCCAAUAAAAGUUGCUUUUCACUUUA